AUGAGCGUUCCCGCAUUGGCCUCUCGCGCCGUCCAGCGAGCCUGGACUGCAAGCUCCAUUCGCCCCACCGCAUCUCUUCUCCAACAAACCUCCUCACAACCUCACACUCCUCCCUGCUCCGAAAGCAGACGAACAACCGCCACAGCAGCCUUCGCACGCAACACCUGGGCUCAACGCCGAACCACACCCUCACCCACCAUCCACCAUGCCGCCCGCCGUGCCUUCUCCGCCACCACCCCCAACCGCAAAGACCACCACUUCGACACCCUAAAAUUCGUCCAACGCCUCCAACAAGAAGGCUUCACCGAAGAACAAUCCCGCGCAAUGAUGGUAGUCCUCAGCGACGUAAUCGAAGAAUCAAUCCAAAACCUCACUCGCACAAUGGUCCUUCGCGAAGACCAAGAAAAAGCCACUUAUACCCAGAAAGUCGAUUUCGCAAAACUUCGCUCAGAGCUCUUAUCAGCCGAUAGCACGGAAUCGAGUCUCACGCGGGCUAGUCAUGAACGGUUAUCGAACGAGUUGACGAAAUUGAACAAUCGACUCAGGGAUGAGGUGCAGAGGACGCAAGCGAGCGUGAGGCUGGAUUUGAAUUUGGAGAAAGGGAGGAUUAGGGAGGAGGCGAAUAGUCAGGAUUUGAAGAUCAAGGAGACGGAGACGAGGAUUGAGCAGGAGAGUGCGGCGUUGAGGGAGAGGUUGGAGGCGGUGAAGUUUUCCACGUUGCAGUGGUUGAUGGGUGUUUGUACGGGUACGGCGGCGAUUAUUCUGGGUGUGUGGAGGUUGUUGAUGUGA